UCACUCAGUGCAACCAAUAUUUAGUUAUUUAUGAAAAGUCAAACACAGGGGCAACACAUAACCAACCAACGAAUCAGCAGAGAAUCUAAGCAAAACGAAACAGGAAACAUUGCUGACUAAUACAAUUCCAACGUAAUCAUGGCUCUGCAUUUGCAGGUGGAAAAACUUCGUGGUCUGGAUAAUUACAAAGCCUGGUCCAUGACGGUGCGUUCGUAUUUGGAAACGGAAGAUCUAUGGGCAGUGGUGGAACAUGGUCCCGAUGGUAGUGAGGAGGAUGGCCAUAAGGAUCGCAGAGCCAAAUUUAUAAUUCUUUGUCUGACCGACACUAAGAUUUGCCAAUUUAUGGCCAUUAUUCGUACGUCCAGAGAUUUGUGGGGCUAUUUGAAGAAACAGCACUCCAUGAUACGAUAAAAGUGAAAUUUUAAUAAUAACAACAACAAUAAAAACCCAAAGCAAAAUAUGUGAUUACAAAAUAAAAUAAAACCAAACAAAUAGAAGAAAAUGAA